AUGGAAAACCUACAAGCUGCCGCAUUUUUCACAUUUCAAACACAAAUUGCAUCUUUGGUAACAAUUUGGCCAUAUUUGAAGGUAAGAAUGAUACUUUUUGGCUAUAAUUUUUUGAAAAAUUUUGAAAAAAGUACUCGGAUUAUCCAAGCUUCAAAAAUAAUUCAAUCAAAAUAUGAAAUACCUGAUUGAAUUGUUUCAGCACAGAAGUGAUCAGAUCAAAUUUUUUUGAAGUAAAAAAUAUUUUUUAAUGAAAAUUUCAGCUUUUUCGAACAAAUUUUUAAUUUUCAAAUUUAAAUCUAUAAAUUGAUUUUGUUUCUAUUUCAGAGCGCAUUUGAUAUCUUCUAUUUAAUUCUACAAAUUUGUCUACUUUUAACACAAUUUGCAAUUGGUUGGAUAAUUGAAAUCGCAUUCGAAUCUUCAACUUUAGAUGUUCUAAUAUUUAUUAUUUCAUUUGGAAUAACAACAAAAAUAUUAAUGGAUGCAGCUAAUAUUGAAAUAUCAAUUCAUUGGAGAAUUUAG